UCAGAGCCAUCCCUGCCCCACCUCCCCCCACCUAAAGGGGAUUGGGUUUUGUGGGGGGUUUAAGGGGGACAAUGGGAUCUUCCAAGAAGCACCGGGAGAGGGAGAGGGAGAGGGGCUCAGGGGGUGGGGAGGAGUCGGCCCGCCACAAGAAACACAAACACAAGGAGCGCAAGCAGCGGGGGGGCAGCCGGGAGAGGGAGGGCCGCCGUCACCGGGACAGGGACCGCGAGCGGGACAAGAGACCCCUCCCGGCACCGGCCGCCGACGCCCAGCCAGAACGGCACCCCAAGAGGGAGAAGACCGAGGAGGCAGCUCCAGGAACAAAGUCCGGUGCUGCGAGCGCCUCUUUGAGCAUCGAAGAAACAAACAAGCUGAGAGCCAAGCUCGGGCUCAAACCCCUGGAAGUAAAUGAUUCGAAAAAGAGUGAGUCCAGUUUCUUCUUAAAGUGAUGCUGCGCUGUAGGAGGG